CUAAACGUCUCGCAACUUUUUUAUUAGAUUCAAAAUGUGAACUAUACUUGUGAGAACAUUUUAAAAGGUGGUAUGAAUGACUAUGAGGUUAUCCGACAGAUUGGAGAGGGGUCGUUUGGGAAAGCCUUCUUGGUCAGAGACAAGAGGGGAGAUGGAGACAAGCAGUGUGUAGUCAAGCAAAUCACCUUCAGGAAGAUGUCAGCAAAGGAAAAGGAAGCGUCCAAGAAAGAAGUAACACUGCUGUCAAAGAUGAAACACCCAAACAUUGUUUCCUUCCUCACGUCAUUCCAAGAGAGUGGCAGUCUGUUCAUAGUGAUGGAGUACUGUGAUGGCGGGGAUUUGCUGAAGAAGAUCAACAUGCAGAGAGGUGUUCCUUUUGCUGAGGCGCAGAUUGUGGACUGGUUCGUUCAGAUCUGCCUGGGCCUCAAACACAUCCAUGACAGGAAGGUUCUCCACAGAGACAUCAAAGCUCAGAAUAUCUUCCUCACCAACGGAGGGAUGAAAGUAAAGCUGGGGGAUUUUGGAAUCGCAAGAAUGUUGAAUAACACUCUGGAGCUGGCCAGGACUUGUGUUGGGACUCCAUACUACCUCUCCCCAGAAAUCUGCGAGAGUCGGCCCUACAAUAACAAGACAGAUAUCUGGUCUCUGGGCUGUGUCUUGUAUGAACUCUGCACCCUGAGACAUCCAUUUGAGGGCAGCGGUCUGCGGCAGCUGGUCAGUAAGAUCUGCAGGGGACGCUACACCCCAGUAUCCAGCCGUUACUCCCAUGAUCUCCGCCUGCUGGUCAGCCAACUCUUCAAGGUCAAUCCCCGGGACCGUCCCUCGGUCAGCUCCGUCCUCCAACGUCCCUUCUUGGGAAAGCACAUCAGCAAACAUUUGGACACUCAGGAGAUAAGCCACACGGCGCUGCAUCAAAACAGACCUGCUGCAGCAUCACAAGCUGCUAAAACAAGAGCAAGAACAGCAAACACAGCAGGUACCUCCACACAAAAGGAGAUAAAGAAGACCGGAGGAAAAAAGCAACCUGGGGCGGCUGAGAAGAGCGUGGUGGCUAAACCCAACAGGAGAGUCAGCGCCUUCACCCACCACAAACCCCCUCAUCAAAGAGUGAGUCAACCAGCUACAAACAGAGAGUUGGCAGCGAAGCAAAGGUUCAGUGAUCAGCAGCCUCUCAGCCUCUACCAGCACUACCAUGCCAAGCUGGAUGCCUUUCAAAGAAGGAACAGAGACGAUGCUCCGCCUGCUCCUCCUGCUCCUCCUCUUCCUCCACAGGAGCGAGUAGAUGAUAUGAUGCUGCUAUGUGAAGACGAAGCUGUUCCUCCUGUGGAACCACACCGGCUAUUGGCUGCAGCCCGUGACGAAUACCUGCAGAGGAGACAGGAGGCCAACCAGUACAAGCUGAGAGCAGAGAAACAGCUGGGUCUCCGACCAUGUACGGCUGAGUGCAGCAGGAAGCCUAGUGAUCAAGAGCAGGUAAACCCAACACCAGCACUUCCUGAACACCACCACUCGCCCCCGGACAGGACACAGGAUGGACAGCAGGAGUAUCUCCGUCAGCUGGAUUAUAUCAGGCAACAGUAUCACCAGGAGAUGAGACAGAUGAGGCAAAGAACUGAACCAGAGCUUCAGAUGCCAAACAAACACGAUACAUUUGUGGUGGAGAAACUCAAAGACCCAGAACCUUCUGCAGGAAGCAAAGAACAGCAGAAAGCAACACCUGCUCAAGAUGUUGAAGCAGCUCUGAGACACAUCAGAGAUGAGAGGACAGCACUGCAGAGCAAAAACAAAGACAAAAAGGGAAUAAUGUUUGAGAUCCGGUUAGAUGAUGCUGAUGAGAACAAAGAAGAUGGAUACGAGAAGAAAAAAGAGAGAAGAAAAAAAGAUGACAAAGAAAUGGACCUGCGGAACCGAACAGUGAAUUUUCAAGAAAGGGAUGAGUUGAAACUUAGAGACUGGUCUGAACUAAGAAGGGAGUGGAGCCGAAGGACCCAACAGACUUUUCUGGACGCACUUGUGCACGUGGAUGUAAACUCUGUCACAGCAGUCGAGGCUGAAACAGGUGAAGAUGUAGUCUGUCGUAGGAAUUGGGUGGAUGGCCCUCCCAACAGUCUACUGGAUGCUCUGGCUCAGGCUGAACUCACAUCAUCAACUCUGGACUCUGUGAUCACAGAUCCUCAAAGGGACAGAAGCGGCAGAGAUGAAGAAAAAGAGGAGAGUAGGGAGGAGGAAGAGGACUCUGACAUGGAGAUGGAUGAAGAGCGCCUGGAGCCAAGGUCUGACGAUGAUGACACGAACUUUGAGGAGUCUGAGGAUGAGCUGAGAGAAGCCGUGGCAGACUCCAUGAGGAACCUCUACAUCAUGGAGGACUCAGGCUCAGAUGAAAACACGCAGGAGACACCGGAGAUGCCUGAAGAGACCGAGGACGUGAAGCCUGGAGGUCAAGCAGAUCAUCAGUACGUUGAAGAUUCAUAUGAAGAAGUUGUUGAAGAAUUAAUGAAGGUCUGUAUCUUUAAACCUGAAGAAGGAGACCAUCAAUGAAUCCCCAAAAGAUGAUACCAGGGCUUUAAAUAAGCAGCAGACUGCCUGAGUGCUCAUGAAGACUAAAGUCUUUAUUCUGAGUGAACUUAGAAAUAAGGUGGUACUAAAAACCUGAUACACCAAACAGGAAGAAAUGCAUUGUUAACAGGAUGUCCA